AAAAAAAAGACAAACAAACAUUUCAGAGUAGAGCAGCAAACUAUCCUCGAGCACAAACCAGCAAUGUCUCUCACGUACCAAAAACUCCCACUUCCAUUUCCCUCUACCAUUCCCAAUCGCUUCCAUACCCACUUUUGCUUCAAACCUCACCUCUUUUCUCUCUCCAAAUCGCCUAAACUCUUCUCUCACCUCUCAACCCCACUUUGUUCUGCUUCUCUCUCUUCUUCAUCCAUUUUCCUCCCAUUUCUCCAAGAAGAAGAAGAAGAAGAAGAAAAUGAAGUUAUCAACAAUGAGGAACAAGAAUCAAAACCAUGUGAAAAAGAAGAAGAAGAAGACCCACUUGUCAAAUUCUUCAAGUCUCGCCCCACAACCCAAGACCCUCAACGAGAAGGCCGGUUAUCGCUCCAGAAGAACCGCCGCUCUUCGUGGCACCUCGCUCCCGAUUCCGAGUUCGCGGACGAACCAGAAACCGAGUCCGAUUCCAAUAUCGCAGAAUCGCUCGAGAAAGAACAACGAAAGAAGCAAGAAUUUGAGCAAAUACCGGAGGGAAUUGCGGGGGAAAUUCUCCGAAUCGCGAGGAAUUUGCCGCAGAAUCUGACUCUGGGAGAGGCAUUGGAGGGUUUCGAAGGAAGAGUUGGCGCGAGAGAGUGCGUGGAAGUGUUGGGGUUGAUGGGUGAGGAAGGCUUGUUCAUGGGUUGUUUGUAUUUCUUCGAAUGGAUGGGCUUGCAAGAACCUUCGCUUGUGACUCCUCGGGCUUGCUCGGUUUUGUUUCCUUUGUUGGGAAGAGCUGGACUGGGAGAUAAGCUGAUGGUUUUGUUUGAGAAUUUGCCGAUGAAGAAGGAGUUCAGAGAUGUUCAUGUCUAUAAUGCUGCCAUUUCGGGCCUUAUGUGCUCUAAAAGGUAUGGUGAUGCAUGGAAGGUGUAUGAGGCAAUGGAGGCAAAUAACAUACGUCCAGACCAUGUGACAUGUUCAAUAAUGAUCACUAUAAUGAGAAAAAUUGGCCGUAGUGCAAAAGAGGCGUGGGAGUUUUUCGAGAGAAUGAACAGGAAAGGUGUGAAAUGGAGUCCAGAAGUUUUGGGUGCUCUUAUAAAGGCAUUCUGUGAUGAGGGUCUAAAGAGUGAAGCCCUUGUCAUCCAGAUUGAAAUGGCAAAGAAAGGAGUAUUUCCAAAUGCGAUUGUGUACAAUACAAUAAUGGAUGCUUUCUGUAAAUCCAACCAAGUUGAGGAAGCUGAAGGCCUCUUUGCUGAGAUGAAAUUGAAAGGGAUCAAGCCCACGUCAGCGACAUUUAACGUACUAAUGGAUGCAUACAGCAGAAGAAUUCAGCCGGAUGUUGUUGAGAAGCUUCUGGAGGAAAUGCAGGAUUUGGGGUUAGACCCAAAUGCCAAAUCUUAUACAUGCCUAAUUAGUGCAUACGCGAGACAGAAGAUGAGUGACAUGGCCGCAGAUGCACUUUUGAGGAUGAAAAAAGUUGGAAUAAAUCCAACUUCACACUCUUACACAGCUCUUAUCCAUGCUUAUUCAGUAACUGGUUGGCAUGAGAAAGCUUAUAUAGCAUUUGAGAACAUGCGAAAGGAGAGGUUAAAGCCAUCCAUUGAAACAUACACUGCUUUGUUGGAUGCCUUUAGGCGUGCUGGUGAUACUGAAAUGUUGAUGAAGAUUUGGAAAAUGAUGCUGAAAGAGAAGAUUGAAGGAACCCGUGUAACAUUCAACACUCUCGUAGAUGGAUUCGCAAAACAAGGUCGCUACACAGAAGCAAGAGACGUGAUUUCUGUGUUUGGUAAGAUCGGUUUGCAGCCUACACUGAUGACAUACAACAUGCUGAUAAAUGCAUACGCAAGAGGAGGGCAAGGAUCGAAGUUGCCACAGCUGUUGAAGGAGAUGUCAGUGCUCGAUCUGAAACCGGAUUCUGUUACUUAUUCGACCAUGAUCUAUGCCUAUGUUCGCAUUCGGGAUUUCAAGCGAGCAUUUUUCUAUCACAAGCAAAUGGUAAAAAGUGGACAAGUUCCCGAUGCCAAGUCUUAUGAGAAGCUUAGAUCAAUUUUGGACGUGAAAGCUGCGAGAAAGAACAAGAAGGAUAAGAAAGCCAUACUCGGUAUAAUUAACAGUAAAAUGGGAUUGUUGAAAGCUAAGAAGAAGGGAAAGAAAGACGAGUUUUGGAAGAACAGGAAAAUGCACGUGAGAACUGUAAACUCUGCUUCUAGUAAUCGGUGAC